GGAACAUACGUCUUUGUUAAUUCAGGAAUCGAAAGAAAAGCACCUUAUUGUUAAUAGGAGGUUGUGUGUGUUAAUUUCGGGAUCGUGAGAUGGUAGUGGAGACAGAGAAAGCGCUAAGCGGUCCGAAGACUGGCGUCAGUAUCGCAGAUAACGUCCAGUGCACGUAUUCUCGACGUCAGACGGAUAAGAAGGCCACGGUUCAGGACGGAAAGGAUGUGGUCCAGGAGAAUGGGGAACAGUUUGAGCAGCAAGAAAUGGUGGACAAGUUUAUUCAGGAUGUGAUCGAAAAGGCGAGGGCCGAAUAUAAACGUCAACAGAAGGCCGAAUCAAAAAAAGGUUCAAAGCGGAGAAAAGAAAAAAGUAGGGACCAACCCACGAAGAAUAAAUCGUCGAAGAAAAAAUCUGCCAUCAGUAAGGGUACCAAGAAGAAACACCACUACAAAUAUUCGGACCCUGUAGAUGAAAAUGAGAUUUUAGGGUAUGUGGAGAAGGAGGAGGAGACGCAAUUGCAAUGGAGCCCAAAUUUUGAAGAUAAACGAAAAGAAGAGCGCCGACAGGAGAAUGCCUACAACCGCCUUGCUGCCCCUCUCCGUCGCCUCUUCAUGUGUUGCAUCGGAAAAACCUGAUUGUGGGGUUGGGGAGGAAUGGGAUGGGAAAGGGGACAGGGUUAGUGGCUGGUAAGAGUUUAAUUGGGCUGUGUAGGAACUGGUGAAAAGAUAAGUGAGCAUAGUCACCUCGUCUUCUAACGUAAGAAAAUCCUGCGCAUGAUGCACGACUGAAUUGUUUUAAAAUGUAUAUAACUAGUGGAAUUAUAGGAACAGCCUUGACACAUUGGGGUUAAAAUGGCGUUUGAAUGAACGCUGUAUCUGAGCAAAUGUUUGAAUGGUGGAACUCUGUUAAGGUCCCACAAAUGAAGAGCAACAUUUAUCAUAUGCUUUACAUGUCAUUUCAAACGCUUGAAUAUGUUUCUCUUGAUAUAUAUGGCAUUUUAAACACAUUGAAGGCUUAUUUUUUUGUUGACUCAUGUGCAUCAGUGUAUAACCCAUAAUGUACUAAUUUUUCAAAUACGUUUACUAUACUUAUUCCUGCAAUAUAUUUUACUCUAAGUAUUAGUAAUUCAAUAGUGGAACUGCUUUCUUUGUGUUGGAUUUACUUCCAAUUUAAGAGAUAUAUAAGAACAUGUACAACAGUUUGCGAUUUUUGUUUUGAUUAUCUAUUUGAGCAUUGAAUAAACCCAAAUCAUUAGUAGUGAAGUGUUGUCAUUUUAACUUUGCACAAAAGUACAAGACCUUUUUGUAGCUACAUUAAAUAAUUCGUUAUUCGUGAAUUUGUCUUUAUUAUUCACUCAGCUGUCAAGUAAUUGUUCGGCUCUUUACACUUUUAUUAUUUACAGAAAAGAAAAAAAACUGUUGUGUAGAUAUUUUUAAAACAUCACAACACAUAUUAUAUAGAAUGUCAAAUGAGAAUCUGCAAAAUUGGGAAUAAAAUAAAAUAUGAGACCAAAUUGGACUUAUUUGUCAGUAAAUCUAUUAAUAUCACACGACAUGGUGAUUAUUAUAACAUUGUUUUCUUUCUCUUCAUCCAUAGAAAUAAACGUAAUUAAUCAUGGGUACAUCGACUAUGCUUAGUAUGUUUUUUAGCAUUAUUUGAAUUGUUUACAUUUGUCAAAUGUGUUAUAUUUUCUUUUAAUA